AUGGAGAACACACGCUCAACAGUAGUGCCUGCUGUGCAGCAGAUUAAAAACCAUUUCUUGGCUGUUCUGCCCGCCGGGACGCUCUUCGGCGCCACUGUCGCUAUGAGGCUACCGCAGUACCCUUAUCGUGAUGUUGUGAUUUUCUCUCUAUUGACCGUGUCUGGACUGGUCUCCGUCUUAGUCCAUGCAUCGGCCUUCCAACAAGCACGUCUUGGUCGCGUUGCAAUCUUUGUUGCUCUGGGUUUCGCAAUCUCUCGAUCCCGUUUUUUCACUGAAAACCCACUAUCACUGAACGACUUAUCAAUAGCACUCCGGGAAUAUAUUUUCGUGAUGGCAGUGGCACUGUCUGUGGUAGCCAUGAUGUCAUCUGGCACAGAUAAGUCCAGACAACUGUCUGACAGCAUCGUUAGUGAAGAAAGGGCCCUUUCCCCAGAGUCAUGGAAUACGUGGUACAGGCCAAGCACAAAACAAUCAUGGGACCUAGCCUCUUCCAGAAGCCAUUUGGAUCUUCUCUCGAACCUAGGUUCGCUGGACCUCAAAUUCAUGUCAGGACCCAAAUCCCACUACUCGGACCAUUCAGGUAGCGGAGAGUCUGCAGUCACGCUCUCCUCCGGCCUCAGGCGUGACCCGAGUAAGAUCAUGGAAAUCGUUCAAUGGGCCACAGCUGCAGCUCCGCCCACAUUCGGAAGAAAAGGAGACUCAACAUCAACCGAAACAGUGCUACAUGAGCUUUCAGCCUAG